AGAAUUGUCGCACCAGUGCCGAAUAUUUUGCUUUCGCAAUUCCAAUUCGCUACGCUUUUCAUUCCAUUCCAUUCCAUUUGUGUGUGGUGCUACGAAUGAGGAAGGAGAAGAAGCGGUGAUACACAGACAUCGGCAUCGAGAGAGGGAGAAAGAGAGAGAGAGAGAGGGAAAAUGGGUAGUUACGAGGCGGUGACCGAGAAGCCGGCGACGGCGACGAAAUGGGUGGUGACGUGCAUGGUGGGAGGGGUGAUCGUGGGGGUGUCACUGUUGGGUGCAUACUCUAGCCAGCUUGGAAUGUUCUGGAAGAGCCGGAGACGCAACAAGAAACCCGUUCGUGUCUACAUGGAUGGUUGCUUUGACAUGAUGCAUUAUGGGCACUGCAAUGCCCUUCGCCAAGCUCGUGCACUGGGUGACCAGUUGAUUGUGGGGGUUGUUAGUGACGCCGAGAUCAUUGCCAACAAGGGUCCUCCCGUUACCCCUCUUCACGAAAGGUUGAUGAUGGUGAAUGCGGUGAAGUGGGUGGAUGAGGUUAUUCCUGAAGCUCCCUAUGCGAUAACUGAGGAGUUCAUGAAGAAGCUUUUUGAUGAGUACAAGAUAGAUUUCAUUAUUCAUGGGGACGAUCCUUGCGUUCUUCCGGAUGGAACCGAUGCUUAUGCUCAUGCUAAGAAGGCUGGUCGGUAUAAGCAGAUAAAGCGCACUGAAGGGGUUUCAAGCACUGAUAUUGUUGGUCGCAUGCUUCUCUGUGUGAGAGAAAGGUCUAUAAGCGACAGUCACAAUCAUUCUUCUUUACAAAGACAGUUCAGUAACGGCCACAGUCCAAAGUUUGAAGCUGGUUCACCUGCAGCAACUGCAAGUGGAACUCGAAUAUCUCAUUUUCUGCCAACAUCUCGUAGAAUUGUUCAGUUCUCAAAUGGGAGGGGUCCAGGACCUGAUUCUCGCAUUGUAUAUAUAGAUGGUGCUUUUGAUCUCUUUCAUGCUGGACAUGUGGAGAUCUUGAGGCUUGCUAGGGAUCUUGGAGAUUUUCUUCUUGUUGGAAUACACACCGAUCAGACAGUCAGUGCAACCAGAGGAUCACAUCGUCCUAUCAUGAACCUUCAUGAAAGAAGUCUGAGUGUUUUAGCAUGUCGCUAUGUGGAUGAGGUCAUAAUUGGUGCACCAUGGGAGGUGUCCAAAGAUAUGAUCACUACGUUUAACAUUUCAUUAGUUGUUCAUGGAACCGUUGCAGAAAAUAAUGAUUUUGAGAAGGAACAAUGCAACCCAUAUGCUGUUCCUAUUAGCAUGGGCAUCUUCAAAGUUUUGGAAAGCCCUUUAGAUAUAACAACUACUACAAUAAUUAAAAGAAUUGUCUCAAAUCACGAGGCAUACCAGAAACGAAAUGAGAAGAAGGGGGAGAGUGAGAAAAGAUACUAUGAGGGCAAGGGUCAUGUGUCUGGAGACUGAUUUGUGUCUCGUUUGAAACACACACACAUAAUAGUCUUAUCGAAAAAUAGGUUUUUGUUCAGACUUGGUAAACUAUGUUGGAUAUCGUGUUCUGCAUCUCUACAAGUUAGCCGACACAGUUGACACGAGUAUCAAAGAAGUGUUUCCCAAUACCUUGGUGAUGAACUAAAUUAUGCAGUUGAAGUUAUACUUGAAUGGACUCUUGAACCCAAAUGUUCAACGCAAAUUAUUUUUCUUCAUUUUUUUAUCUUUGCAAUAACCUAUAUUGUAUUAUUUGUGUGUGAGAAUUUGAUGGAGAGUUGUGUUGUCUGAUUAAGUAUUAUUUAUUUUUUUUAUCAAUUAGAGAAAUUGUAUUCAGUAAAAAUGACAGAUGAAUAGUUUUAGAUUUGAAUUUCUGGUUGUUAUAGGAAUUAAGUUGUGGUGUGUAUGAUUAGGAGUGUAUUUUAUGGAUAUGGUUUUAUUACAUUACAUGUUGAUAGCA